ACACACACACUCUCUCUGAUUUCACACCAAUUUUCUCACACACAUACUCACAAUUUACAAAAACCCAAAGAAUUCUCUUAAUAAAAUUAGGGUUUUGGAGCUUAUAAACACCCAAUUGUUCUGAUUAAAUUAGGGUUUUCACAAAUUCACCUCAUUUUCAGGCGCCCAUUGCCUGAUUAUGCACUGAUCACAUAGCCACAAUCGGCGAAUUUUUCGGCUGUUUUCCGUGUUGGCUUCUUGAUGGGUCGAAGAAAAGGUUCGAAAAACCGUAAGCGUCUAUGGAGAGUCGGUGAUCCAGUGCUUGCCAAACUUACGGGCUAUCCGUCUUGGCCUGCGAAGGUUGAGGCGCCGGAGAAGUAUGGUUUACCAGCUGACUGUGAAAAGGUGUUCGUGUUUUUCUUCGGCACCCAGCAAAUUGCAUUCAUUAAUCCAGUUGAUGUUGAAGCGUAUUCGGAAGAAAAGAAGGAUUAUCUUAUAGUGAAUCGUCAUACUAGAGGUUCUAAUUUUCAUCGUGCAGUACUUGAGAUCAUUGCCUAUUCUAAGAAGUCAAGAAAUGAAGACAAAGGUACGAAUUGUCCGUUAAUGGGUGAAGUAAAUAUGACAAAUGGUAGCAAUUCUAUAGAUUCUUUGGCUGAUUCUUCUGUGAAGGAUGAAGGUUCUAAAGCAAUUAGUAUUGAUUCUAAAAAAGUUAGAUAUGAUGAUGACUUUCUUGUUAGUGGGGCUUCAGCUGUAGAUAAACAAGACACUUUCCGUAUUAAGGAAGUGACGCCAUCUGAGGAUCCUCUUUGUAAUGUCAAUGCAAAAGAGAUGUUCCUGCCGACAGGGGAAGAUAAUAGAGUUGAAGAAGAACAGAAACUAUUCACGGAGAAACGGUUUAUGUCUAAUCGACGGCCAAGAAAUUCAUCUCAGGUGAAUUCCUACAAACUUCGGAACUCUAUACAGCCGUCUAGCAAGAUUAUAGAAGGUGGAGGGAUCGGAGGCCGGUAUGGGAUGCGUAGUCCCUCGUGUAGGAGGAGGCAAACUAUGAAAUCACCAGAUGUAUCUGAACUUAAAGAUGUUGGUUCACCUGAUUCUGUUUUUUGCAGCACUUAUGAAAAAAAUGAUUCAGUAAUUGGCACGGUUGGCUCUAGUUCUCUUAGUUUCAAUGAGGGGAGCACUAUGGUGUCUGGUUAUGGACUGCCGCAGACAGAAUCUGUUGUUAAAUGUACCGAGGGAGAUACUGAGCUUAGUAAUAAGCUUGACUUGCCGUCCAGUGCUGUUAUUGUGAAGAAAAAAAGAAAGCCUAUCAAAAAACAAGCUAACAGUGGUACUAAUGAACUUACUGGACUUGAGAAAGAGCCAGCAUCAGAGAUUGAAGAGCAUAAAGCCUGUCAGACUCCACCUAGUAGUAAUAAGGGUUGGGAUGUGGAUUACAUCAAUGAUGAUGGAGAUGAGCAUUUUCCAUUGCUCAAAAGAGCUAGGGCCCGAAUGGGUCUAUUAUCAUCUGAAGUGGAGGAAUCAGAUUCCCCAGUCCAUCGGGAGAAAUCUUCUGAAGUUUCUGUCAUGGUCCAAGGUCAAGGCCCAAUAACUAAAGUCUAUGCUCGUAGAAGGCCCAAGGGCACAGAAGGAAAUUCACCAGCAGAGUAUCUAUGAAGAAAGAGGAAGAAGGAAGAAGCAGCUGAGUAUUGACAAGUCUGUGAUUAGGGUUUGGGAGAGGCUGGCAUCUCGAAAGUCCAGUAGUUAAUUGGGGAAAGUAGUAAUACAUAUCUGGGUAGUAAUAGAGUGAUAGUGGUGUCAAGUGACUCGUAUUUCUGUUUGUAAUCGUUUCUUUUGAAUUCCAUCAGUAUUUCUUUGGAUUAUUGUGUGCAAAACUAUCAGAUCUAUUACAGUUUCCUUGGUCCA